AUGGGGCUUCUUGACCAUGAUAUUCCAGUGGGAAGCCGAAGGGACGUUUCCAGCCCACAAAAUCUUCAAGUUACUGGGAAAUGCAGGCUUUCUUGGAGUCAACAAACCAGUUGGUUUGGUUCAGAAGAGCUUAAGAAGGAGUUCCUUUUGCCCUCCAUCAUGGGUGAGAAAGUGGCCUGUCUGGGUGUGAGUGAGGUCGGAGCUGGCUCUGAUGUCUCAAGUAUUAAGACCAAGGCAGUGAAAAAAGGGGAUGAAUAUGUGAUAAAUGGUGGAAAGAUGUGGACAACCAAUGGCACCCAGGCUGACUGGAUGUGUCUUCUCGCCAAUACCAGCGAUGGACCCCCACACAAGAACAAAUCUCUCAUUUGUUUACCCAUGAACCUGCCAGGAGUACAUGUUGCCCGGAAGAUUAGUAAAAUCGGUAUGUGGUCAUCAGAUACAGCAGAAGUUUUCUUCGAUGACGUCCGUGUUCCCUGUCAGAACAUCAUCGGUCAAGAAGGAAUGGGCUUCACCUAUCAGAUGCUCCAGUUCCAGGAAGAGAGGCUCUGGGCCGUGGCCAAUGUUGUGACCACGAUGGACAACAUCAUCCAGGAAACCAUCAAUUACACACGGCAGAGGAAGAUCUUCAAGCAGCCAGUGCUCUAUCACCAGGCUGUUCACUUUAGGCUGGCCGAGCUACAGACAGAGGUUGAGCUUCUGCGCUCGCUCCUCUACCGUUCUACAGCAAUGUACAUUAAAGGCAACGAUGUCACCAAGCUGGCGUCUAUGGCCAAGUUAAAGGGCGGCCGCCUUGCGAGAGAACUGAGCGACAGCUGUCUGCAGUAUUGGGGAGGGAUGGGCUUCACCAGUGAUGUACCAGUCAGCAGAUUUUACAGGGAUUCCAGGUUGUUGUCGAUCGGUGCAGGAGCCGAUGAGGUGAUGCUGGGAAUCAUCUGCAAAUACAUGGACACGCUGCCCAAGAAGUGAUCUCAUCUAUGGCUUCCACAGUGCCGACAUCACACGCCGUCCUAAAAGAGUGCUAAUCUUUAAAUCACUAAAGUGCAAUUCUGAUGUUUUGUGUUAAACAAUUCCUACUCACUUAAAUUAAUUUAUAAUUUCUCUUGCCUUUUCUCAUAAGACAAUAAAGAACUUCAAUUUUUAUUUUCUUAUCCAACAGAAAAAUAAUUUAUAGAAACCUUUUUGUAGAAUGAAGCUCAAUGUGUA